AUGUGGCGUGUCGUCUCGGCGGUCCUGGCCCUUCUCACGGCCGGUGUGAUCUACUUUGUCACGCUGGUCUACAAGAAGCGGGCAGAACUGGAUGGACUGCCACAACCGCCCAUGGAAGGGGGCAAAUUCUGGGGCCACCUGAAGAUCGCGGGUGACUGCAAAAGGCUGUUCCCUCCAAACUGCCACAUGCAGAACUGGACGAAUUAUAUCAGGAAGAAGUACCAUCUGGGUGAUAUUUUCCCCCGGGGAACAGACGUCUUCUACGUCGACUGGUGGCCUCUCGGCCCUCGCUGGGUGUUCAUCGCCGACCCGGUACUGGCGUCCAAAUUCCUGACGACGGGCCAAUCGCUCCCGAAAUCACGCCUCGUCGGCGCGUUCCUCGCCAGACUCCUCGGUCCGUCCAACAUGGUCAGUCUCGAGGGCCAGGCGUGGAAGUCUCUACGGUCGAUCUUCAACCCCGGCUUCUCCGCCAGCCACUUGAUCACGUUGGUGCCCUAUAUCGUGGACUCGAGCCUCGUGCUCCUCGACCUGCUGAGACAGAAGGCCGAGACGAAUGAACUCGUCGAACUCGAUCCCCUGACCAUCGGCUUCGCCAUCGACAUCAUCGGCAAAGUGGUCAUGGACUCGGACUUUGACAGCCAGAAAAGACCACACCCGAUCGUCACCACGUUCAGGAAACAAGUCCUCUUGAUGCCUAAUGCCUCGAGCAUCGGACCCUUUGACGACAUCAACCUCCUGCGGCCGCUCCGGCUAUGGUGGAACCGGCGCAAACUCGACCGUCUUCUCGGCGCGGAAAUCGACAAGAAAGUCGCGGCGCGGAAGACUCUGCAAAAGCAACAGCUUCAGCCGGCCAGCGGCAACGGCAAUGGCAAUGGCCACGCCUCGGACGAGAAGCCCGCGAAGGACCGGAAACGCUCGAUCGUCGACCUCGCGCUCGACGCGUACGAGAAGGAAGUCGCUUCCGGGGCCGCGGGCGUGGUGACCAGCUCCUUCCGCAGCAUGGCCAUCGACAGCAUCAAGACCUUCAUAUUCGCCGGCCAUGACACCACGUCCGCGACCAUCUCCUACAUCAUGUAUCUCCUCCAUCUGCACCCGAAAGUGUACAAGCGGCUCGUGGCAGAACUGGACGACGUCUACGGCAGCGACACCUCCGCCGAGGCCAAGGCGGCCCUCAUCAAGGACGACCCGCACACCAUCAACAAGCUCGAGUACCUCACCGCCGUGAUCAAGGAAGUGCUGCGCCUCUUCCCCGCCGCGUCGACGAUCCGCGAAUUAAAAGCCCCGUCCGACGUCUCGGCCGUGAAGGCCACCUCCAUCAUCGACCCUUCGACGGGCAAGGAAUGCCCGCUCGUGGGCUUUGACAUUUGGCCCGUGGCGCAUAUGAUCCACCGCAACGAGGCCUAUUUCCCGCAGCCUCUCGCUUUCAUUCCGGAGCGCUUCAUCCCCGGUGAGACCCCGUUUCCCGAUGCGAAACUGCACACCCCGGAUGGCAAGGACGCGUGGCGGCCGUUCGAAAAGGGACCCCGGAAUUGCAUUGGCCAGGAACUCGCGAUGAUGGAGGCCAAGGUCGUGAUCGCGCUGAUCGUCAAGGACGUGGAUUUCACGGCCGAGUUUGACGGUCAGAAGAUCGAGCCGGGCGAUUGGAUCCCCACGGAGACCAAGGAUGAGUUCAAGGAUGGCGUGUCGGGGGAGGUGAGGCGCACUGUCGAGGGGCAUCGGCCUUAUCAGGUCCUGUGUGGGGCCGCGAGACCGAGGGGAGGCAUGUCGGGGCGGUUGAAAUUGAGGGAGCGGGCGAGGUGA